AUGAAACUUGUCAUUGGUGGCUCGACCGGUUACGUGAGCACCGAGCUCAUUCGCCAGGGUCUUCCAAACCCAGCCAUCACCUCCAUUGUCGCCCUGGGCCGCCGCGAAGUCCAGGCACCGGCAGAAUCCGGGGCCUUUGCUGCAAAGCUCAGGUCUGUCGUGGUAGACGACUUCGAGAACUACUCCGACAGCGUGAAGAAAGAGCUAGAGGAUGCCGAUGCCUGUAUCUGGACCAUCGCCGUGACGCCGAUGAACCUCCAGACCCUCCCCUUUGAGGAGACGGUUAAGAUAUCCCGCGACUACGCCACUGUCGCCAUCCGCACUCUGGACUCCCUCCACACCAAGCAGGGUGCACCGUUGCGCUUCCUCUACAUGAGCGGCCACUUUGCACCCCGCAGCAUCGACGAGGUGCCAGAGCAGCUGAAAACCCACGGCAUGAUCAAGUACGGCCUGGUCCGGGGUGAGGCUGAGACUCUCAUCCUCGGAUACGGCGAGCAGUCCAAUGGCGCAGUGCAGGCCUGCGUCGUCAAGCCCGGGCUCAUCGACUCGCCCAGCAGGCCGAAAAGGGAGAUCCCAGGCCUGCCUCACAUCGAGCUGACGGACAUCGCCGCGGCUCUGCUGAGCCAGGUCGUCCAUGGCUUUGAGAAGGACACCUUGAGCAACGAUGACAUGGUCCGCAUUGGGCAGAAGGCGCUGGCUGAGCAGAAAGCUUAA